GCGAAGGAAGGUAGUUUGUGUAUCUUCUUUCGUUUAUUAUUAAGCUUACGUUUUAUUAGCAUGUAAUAUGAGAUACAAUUUUGGCCUUAAAAUAAAUUUAAAUCUCUAGAGUCAAUGUAUCUUUAAAUUUUUGGUGCCCAAAAUAGUAGAAGUCUGAACUUCUUUAUCUUUCAGCACAUUUAGCUUAAAAGUUUGAUCUCUAUUCUGAGUAACAACGUUAUAUUUGAAAUAUAAAACUAUAGGAGAUAUUUAAUAUAAAUCUGGUUUUUCUGAAUGUUUCUGUGCUUUUCUUUCUUUUAAAGAAUGAAAGUAUUGAAGUAUCUAGUUUUUCUGUGUGCUGCAACUUUAUUAGUUGUUGCUGAAAAUGAACCCAAAGAUAGUCCAGAUAUUCAGAAUCAAGCUGAGGAAGUUCCAAAUGAAACAGAGGAAAUACCUUAUGCAACCCCAGUUCCUAUUGGCAAUACAUACAUAGCUGAGCAUUUUGAUGACAGGGAAGAUUUUCAGAAAAAAUGGGUUGUAUCUGAAGCAAAGAAAGAUGGAGCUGAAGAUGAAGUUGCCAAAUAUGAUGGUCAGUGGUCAGUAGAAGAAGCUGAAAAAAAUGGAUUAACUGGUGAUUUAGGCCUUGUGUUAAAGUCUAAAGCCCGUCAUCAUGCAAUUUCAGCCAGGCUAGACAAACCAUUUUUGUUUGACAACAAACCUUUUGUAUUGCAAUAUGAAGUUAGGUUUCAAAAUGGACAAGAAUGCGGUGGUGCUUAUUUGAAACUUCUAUCUCAAGUACCAAAUAUGGAUUUACAUACUUUUCAUGACAAGACACCUUAUACUCUUAUGUUUGGCCCUGAUAAAUGUGGAAAUGAUCAUAAGCUUCACUUCAUAUUUCGACACAGAAAUCCAAAAAAUGGUAGCCUUGAAGAAAAGCAUUGGAAAAAAACAACUCAAAUUCCAAAGUUUGAUGAUGUUUUUAAAGACAAAAAGCCACAUCUUUUCACUUUAAUUAUUAAUCCAGACAACAAGUUUGAAGUUCUUGUAGAUAAAGUUAGUGUUCAUAAAGGAAGUUUACUUGAAGAUUUUCAACCACCUGUCAAUCCUGAAUCAGAAAUUGAUGAUCCCAAUGAUGUCAAGCCUGCAGAUUGGGAUGAAAGAGAAAAGAUUCCUGAUCCCACUUCUUCAAAACCUGAUGAUUGGGAUGAAGAUGCACCCAGGCAAAUUAUAGAUCCUAAUGCCAGAAAGCCUAGUGGCUGGUUAGAUGAUGAACCAGAAUUGAUCCCUGACCCUAAUGCUGAAAAACCCACUGAUUGGGAUGAUGAAAUGGAUGGUGAAUGGGAACCUCCCUUAAUAACAAAUCCCAAAUGUGAAAAAGUUGGCUGUGGAAAAUGGAAAGCACCUUUAGUAGAUAAUCCCAAGUAUAAAGGCAAGUGGAGGGCAACCCUCAUUGACAACCCAAACUAUAAGGGAAAAUGGAAGCCGAGGAGAAUUUCCAAUCCUCAUUACUUUGAAGAUAAAUACCCAUACAAAAUGACACCUAUAGCAGCUGUUGGCUUUGAAUUGUGGUCAAUGGUGGACGGAAUUAUGUUUGACAAUGUUAUCAUUACCGAUGAUCCAUAUGUAGCUGAACAUUGGGCUUCAGAAACAUUUGAUUUAAAAAAGGAACUUGCUGACAGAGAAACUGAUAACAUGAUAACAAGACUCUUCAAGUAUACAAAUAAGAAUCCUUGGCUUUGGGCAGUUUACCUAGUAGUAAUAGGUCUUCCUAUUGUAUUAUUCAUUAGUUUUUGCUGUACAUCACCUCGAUCCCCUGCUACAAUUGCUGCCCAGAGGGAUAUUGAAAAUAAACGAAAGGCAUAUGCAAACAAAGCAUUCAGUCCUCCUCAAGAAGAUAAAACAUCUAAAGAAGCAACUAUAACUGAGGUCAAAGAAGAGGAAGAGGAGGAGGAAGAAGAAGAAGUGGAAGAAACAGAAGAGGUAGAAUUAAUAAGUGAGAGUAAAAAUGAUAUAGAAACUAAUAAUGAAGACAAGGAAAAUGAAGCUGAUCAAAAAGAAGAUGCUGAAACUGAUAUCAAAGAAAACGGGCAAGACGAAGAACUAAUGCCAGAACAAGAAACUGAAGGAAGUGAUUUUCCCAGAAGGCGGCGACCACGUAAAGAAUAACUAAAAUUGAACAAAAUUCAUUUUUGCCAUGGAGCAAGUGUGCAAGAUCAAGUGCCUAGUCAAAAGAUAAAGAAGUAACACUAACAAAGCAUAGUAAGAAUUAGAUCUGAAUUUUUACAUCCGGACUAUUUUGGCUGUGAAGUUAUGACUCCAUGGCAUUUGUAGUAUUCAGUAGUGCGAACAAGCUGAAUGAAUCAAAUGGAUAUUGUGAUUGGAUUAGUAAGUGGAAGUGGCUGGAUUUUUUGUGGCAUUUUGUUUCAUUUGUCACAGCUUUUGGGACACUCGUACUAAACUAAUCAAAAUUAGCUACCUUAUGUUACUGAUUUGAAACAUCAUUUUCAAAGUGCUGGCAUAAUUGAGAAUAAAAGAAGUGAUGGGAUUUGUGUUAUGUAUUUGCUAUUUCAAGACAUUUCAUGUGGUUUCUGUGUAGAACAAAAAAGAGAGAAAAGGUUUUUUUAAAGCUUUGCCAGUGCAGGAUUUUCGUCUACAAUUUGUCUUACAAAGAAAAAAAAAUUAGUCUCUUUCUUUUAUAAAUCCUGUUCACAUUGAAACGUUUUAUUGUUUACUAUUGAUUUCUGGUUCAUCAUUGCCUGAUCUUACUGUUAUUUUCGUAUGUCAAUACAUCCCCCCCCCUCCCAGAACAAUAACUUUAAUCAUAGCUGUACGUAAGGUGAAUUAAUUUCCCCAAUUUUUGAAGGAUUAAAAUCCUAUUCUUAAAAACAAAAACAUUCAAAGCUAAAAAGAACUCAAUUGAAUGCUUUAAUUUGACUUUAUAAGUAGCUUUUUAAGUUUAAAAUUACUUAAGUUACUCUUAAAAAUAAAAAUGACUGAAAUGAUGCAAACAUGUAAAAUCCCAUCACAAGUACAAACUUAUUGUAUUUAUCUGACUACUAUUGCAUUGUUAUUUGCAUAAAUUUGCUUCAAAAGUUUUGUACUGUUUUGACUUUUGGGUACUUAUAAUGUGUGUAUAACAAAUUUCUAUGGCACUUAAGUUCAUUAAGCAAUUACUUACUAGUCUUUUAUUUAUAUUAAAUUUUUAGUUUUGAUACUGCAACUAAAAUGAAGGCGCAAUGCAAUCCUGGCAGCUUUUUAAUAUCAGGCAAUUUCUCUGUGCUGUAAUUAUAUACUUCCAUCAUUCAUUGCAUUCAUUGAAAUAUUUACUUGAAUUGUCUUGCACUCUGUUUAUGUAUUAAAAGCACUUGUUCUGUGGUUUACUUGAAUGCUUCAACAUUCAAAAAUUUUAUAAAAUAAAAAGGAAGUACCAAAAUCCUUCCACCAAGAUAUACAUUUUAUGAUAGCUUUAAGUUAUUCAAGUUUUUACACUAUUAAUUUGUGUUAGUAUUUAGAUUUUUCUUUUGUUUUUUGUGUUAAUAUUCUAUUACUUGUUUGUUUUUUUCAUUCAUAGCUUUAGAACCACAAAAACUAAAAUCUAUUCAAGAUUGUUGAUUUAUUACAUGGUUUAGCAGAUGACGCUAAAAGUAUUUGUAAAUACAUUAUAUAUUUUUGUGCACCAAAGUGAUCAAAUCUCAUCAUGCAGUCUAUAUACUGGGGCUAAAAAUCAAAUUCUUUGAAUGUUGAAAAGACUUCUCUGCAAGAUUUACAAUUGGAGUGGAUCCGAUUUUUUUUUUUUUUUGGAAGAGAGAGAAAAUAGCAAUGUCAUUCGGACUCUUUAAAACCUAAAGUUUACUGUGUUUUCCCAUAACAUUGUCCGAAUUCCUUAAAAAUAUUGUUUAUUUCAUUAAAUUUACAUUACAAAUGUAAUAAAGCUUUUUAAAUUGUAAUUCAGUAUUAAUAUUUUUAGUAUUGAAUGAAAAUAAAUUUAGCUUUAGCAGUUCCUUGACAAUUGUUGUUAUAGUUAAGAAUUUUAAGAAGAAACAGUUAAAAUAAUAACAAAUAAUUCCCAUACUUUACAGAUUAAUGCUAAAUACUUUGAAAUAGAAAAUUCAAUUUCCUGCAAUGGAUUCAAAAAGAUUACAAAUUUUACUUCAUACGCACUGUUAAAGACAUAGAAAAAGUCGAUUGGUAGUAUUAUUUUUACAGAAACAGGUUUUUUCAUUCCAAAUGUACUUAUAAUCUAUUAUCAAUUGCAAUCAACAUACACCUGACAGUCGAAUAUGUUUUUCUUUUUUUUUUAAAUAAAGUUUAACUUAACAGAUAUGUCAAAUAAAAAAAAAAAACAUUUCUUCAUUUUCAUCAAAGUUUUUUGAAUCUUAGUCUACUGCCUAGACUAUUUUCAAGGAGGUAAUAAGAAAUUGUGGCUGGAAUCCUAUCAUCCCGCCUUGAAUUUUAGCCCCUGACAUUGUAUGAAUGAACAAAUCCUUCUAAAUGCAAGCAUUAAAAUUUUUGAUUUUUGUUGCUUGAUAUAUUAUUCUCUAUUGAGACACUUUAUUCACUAAUAUUAACAUAGUUUACCAUUUCUUUCAAGUAACAUUAGAAGUAUUUAAAAAAAUUUCAAUUGUGUUAUAGAUUGAUUGAUGUUUUUAUUCUAAGCAAUUUAUAUAAGAAUUCAAAAGUUUCAUCAUUUUCUUAAACAUUUUAAUGUAAGUUUGGACUUGAUAUUUUGUUUGUUUAGUGAACACCUGUAUCUGCUUACUGCAAAGCAAUGUUUUCAGCAAUUAGAUUUUUUUAAGUUUUUUGUAUUGUAGUGACAAAUUAUAAUGUACCUUCCUUUUUGUGUGAUUUCAAAGUAUUAUUUCAAUGAAGCAUUCUUUUUAUCUCUUAGGUCAGUAUGUUUUUUCCUACACAAUUAAAUUAUUGCUUGAGCAUUAAAGACAAAAAUUGUUUCUUGUACUUACGUAUAAAAUAUAAAGCAUGCUUCAUUGUAUUCUAUGCUUGUGUAUUGCUGAAUAAUUUAUUAGUGUGUUUGUCUCGCUUUUAUGAAGAUAAUAAAACACUUUGUUUAGAAAAUUGCAGUUUUUUUUUAUUUUAAAUAUUUUAUUUUAAAAUUUUUAACACAUAUGCUUUUGUUUUUUAAAAUUAUAUGCUCUUAAAAGAAAGAUUUAUAGUUUAGUAUGUUUGGUUGUAUACAUGCACUUUAAUAAAUGUUACUAAG